AAACUUUCUGAUAAUGGGUACACUACCGUUCAGUCUGUAGCAUUUUCUCCCAGAAAAGCUUUAUUGACUAUUAAAGGAAUUUCUGAGGCAAAAGUUGAUAAAAUUCAAGCUGAAGCUUUCAAAUUGGCCCCUAAAAUGGGUUUCGAAACUGCUACCGAAGUAAAGGAAAGAAGAGCUGAGUACGUUUAUAUAACCACUGGUUCUACUGAAUUGAAUAAACUGCUUGGAGGUGGCAUUGAAUCCGGUUCUAUUACUGAAGUAUUUGGUGAAUUUAGAACUGGAAAAAGUCAACUUUGUCAUACUCUUGCAGUUACAUGUCAGCUUCCAGUUGAAAACGGUGGCUCUGAAGGAAAAUGCAUUUAUAUCGAUACCGAAGGUACUUUCCGUCCUGAAAGAUUGGCCGCUAUUGCUGAACGUUACGGAAUAGAUCCGAACCAAAUUCUAGACAAUGUUGCCGUCGCGAGGGCUUAUAACACUGAUCACCAAAUGAAUUUAUUGAUACAAGCCGCUGCAAUGAUGGCCAC